AUGGGCUUUCUCGAUCCCUUCACCGACGGCCUCUCCAUCGGCCCUGGCGGCAUGUCCCGCCCGUCCAAACAUCGUAGGGACGCCUCUCGAUCGCGCAGAAAGCACCGUUCCCGCUCGCGAUCAAGCUCUCGCGCCCGCGGCGGCGCCAACUCCAUCACCGGCGCCUUGUUGGGCGGCCUCACCGGCGACAGCCACUACUCCAGGCACAAUUCGUCACGGGGAUCCUUUUUCGGCACCGCCAACAACAGCCGCUCGAGCUUCUUCAACUUUGGAAACCGCUCUUCGUACUACAAACGGUCCCCUCGACAAGGCUUUAUGCAGCGAGCGUACAGGCGGCUCCGGCGCCUCAUCCGAGACCUCAUCCACUAUGCCAAGCGCCACCCGUGGAAGGUGUUUUUCCUCGUCGUCAUGCCCCUCGUCACCACGGGCGCAUUGGCCGGCCUGCUCGCCCGCUUCGGGUUGCGCAUUCCACCGUCACUGGAGCGCAUGAUGGGCGUGGCCUCCCGCGCCGCUUCGGGCGACUCCCUUGGACUCGUCAGCGAUGCCGUCCGCAUGGCCGGCGAUCUUGGCCGCAACACCCGCGGCGCCAGCAUCUCCCGUGGCCGUGAUGGCGCCCUGCAGUGGGAGAGACGGUCUAGCUACGGCAGCUACGGCGGAUAUGAUGACUACGGCUACGGCAAUUCCAGGGCCCGUGGUGGGAGCGGCGACACGUGGAGCAAUACCAUUGCUGACGUGGCGAGACGAUUCCUUUGA